AAGUUACCUCGGGCCGGGUUACAUUAACGGUUUGACGAUUAAGGCGUUGGAUGGAAUUGUGGAACUGGGGAGUAGCAUUGACAUUUCAUUCGCAUUGCAUUUCAUUUCAUUCAUAGAAUUGCAUUGUAGAAUAAUUGUAUCUCCCGGCAAACAUGAUCCCUCUUACUUAUAGCUAGUCUUUGUGUGGAUUCGCGGAAGUAUUAAAGAGUGCGUUUUAGGCAACUUCUACUGAGCCAUUGCGCUCACUUCAUCAUUAUUAUAUUUUUUUUGGGUCAUGGAAAGGAGGUUGUUGAAGACAUCCCUCCGCAAGCUUAAAUGGAUUUGAACUAUCACAUAUGACUUUUCUUUUGUAUUACUAUAUAUGUUAUAUCUAUGUGGAAUCUUGUAUAGUUUGAUCAUGUAAGAGCAGUAGUACUUGUUUUAAAGGCCUGUAAUUAAUGUACUUUAAGGACUUAUGUUUUGGGAUGUAUAUAUUCGAGGAAAAUUAUGAAUGUUCAUUUAUAGCUUUUCAGUUUCAUUUUCCAUUCUAUUGUGUGUACAUUGAAAUGUACACUUGGGACAAGUUUGGGGUGUUACAGAGAAAGUAGAACAAUUAAUACUUUUGCGGUAAAAAAAAAAAAAAAGAAAAAGAAAAAGAAAGUAAAACAAAUACUAAUAUAAAAGCAAAAUAAAAAAUAAUAAUAAAAAAAAAAGCCCCACACCCUGGCUUCUCAUUCAUUUUCUAGUUAUUCCAAUAAAAUUUUCCUUUCCCGCCGAAAUAUUUAUAACUCCAGAACUUUUCCCGCCAAAACCCAUUGGCGCCACGCAUUCCCUUAUACAAACCUUCCCGCGAAAUCUCUCUCUCUAUCAGACACACACCCCGCCGCUAUCCCACUCAACCCCCCAGCGAAACCCUAGUUUCAGAGCUCCAAAGCAGAAGAAAGCCAUGGAAGCAACUCUUCGCCCGAAGAAGCGGAAGCAACCUUCGCCCUCCGAUCCCUUUGUAGGCAUAUUCACUCGCAGCAAAUCUCAGAUAUACCUCCAUUGCAAUCGAUCCGGCCAAGCUCGAUCCGACUGCAUCCUGAGACCGAACCAUUUUACCGACUCCGAGAAGCCUCGUAGAAAACUCAGAUCGUUCAACCAACAAGAAACCUCCCAAAUCGAUGACGACAUGUCUCACAUCGCGAUCAAAGAUCUGCGCUCCAGGAGGGUCUUCUCUCCGGCCUCGCUGAUCGAUGACUGUUGCGAGAAGCCAUUCGAAAAACAAGUCGUUGGAAAGUUCGAUUAUACAAAUCCUAAUGACACAAAGCUGUCUGAUAGCAUGGGAGAAGUGGAGAAAUUUGAUCUAGCGUUUUCUGGUAUGGAUCAAAAUUUGAACGAUCAGAACCCUAAUUUACAUUCAACGGUGAAUCGUGAAGAUGGGAAGGUGAUGGAGAUUGGAGGAAUAGACGAACUCGAAAAGGGGUUUACUUGCAAAUCUGAGGAUUUAGAUGUGGCAAGCAUUAAAUUGCCUAGAACAGAGAGAGGAAUUGAAUCGUGUAAUGUGAAACAGAGAAUUGAUGAAGAAGGCACUGAAUUAUGUGCUCAAACAGCAUCGGCGGUGAAUGAAAAUGGGGGAGUUAGAGGAGAAAAUGGUGAGAUUUCAAAUGGAAGUGUUGCCAGAAACAAGCGAAAGAUCAAUAGGAGAAAUGACGCCAUUUCUAAGAGUAAGCUGGUGUCACCUUCUGGGGAGAUGGUAUUCAAAACUCCAAGUUCAUUCAGCUAUAAAAGAUUGCUACCGGUUCUUAUGGAUAUUGCAAAAGAGAAUUCUUGUGGUUCAAAAAAUGUGAAAUCUCUUUCAAGUAAUUCAAAAGAUAAGUACCCUAAUUUGUCUUCAAAAGUGGAUGAUUGCAUUUCCGGUAAGGAGGAGGAUCUUGGUCGAUAUUGUGAUGAUGGAAAGACAGAAGACAGUGGCAAAAUUAAGAAAUUUUGUAGGGAAUCGCCUUGUAAAGUUCGGGAUUCAAAUGUUACAAGUCCUAAUAUAAUUCAAACUAAAGGGAAUGUUAUAUUGCAUAAGGUGGAGCAAAGAAGUUGGGAGGAUGGUGAGAAUUCAAAUGGAGUUGAAUUGAUAGAAGAACGAAUUGAGAUGACGCCGCCAGAUGCUGAUAUCUUCUGUAAACCUGAGGUGAAUGAUAACUUGGAAGACACAGAGGAAAAUUAUUUGCAAACAGAGGAUGGUAAUUUAGCGAAGCCAGCGAAUGAGAGAGUCAGCAUAAACGGUUUCUGUGUUGAUCAGAGUUUGCAUGCAGAUGUUUAUAGGAGGAACUACUCUACUUUGAAGAGUCAAUUGGUUCUUAAUCCUUGUUCAAGACUGAAGGUAUUCAAAACUCCAGCCUCAUUCAGCUACAGAAGAUUGCUUCCAUUUCUGAUGGAUGUCACAAAAGAAGAUUCUUGUACCUCGAAAGGUAGUCAAUGCCCAAAAGUUGACAUUGUUGAGGAAAAGCCACACCUAUGUCAAGAAACCCCCAUAGAUGCAUGUAAAACAGACAGUUUUUCCAUGGGGAAUCAAACCUGUGAUAAGGGGCCAAACCUGUCACCUACCAUAUUGGCUCCCACUGUAGGUUCAUCUAAUAAUGAGCUAAACUUAUUACUUGCUAAAAGGACUACUGAGAUGCAGAAUCCUGAUUUUCAGAAGGAACGGAUAUUGCAAGUUGAACAGGUUAAAUCAGAUGCGCCCGAGAAAUUGGAGCCUAACCAUGAUAAAGUGAGUUCAAUUCAUGAAACAACAUCAACAUCUAUGUCGUUAUGCUCUCCUUUCAGUCCUGUAACUUUGCCACGUGAUGGUGUAGCAGAAGUCUCUCAUUGUUUAUCAAUUAUUACUAAAGAAAAUGGCAAAGUAUCACAGGUGGAUUUUUCUAAAGAUGCAAUGCCAAUUGAAGCAGUCAGAUUGGAUCAAAAUUCUUCCCGAGCAUUUGUUCCUUCUGGAGGUCUGGUCAAUUGUCCUCCAAGGGGGAUUCUUAAGAGGAAUCCACGAGGAUGCAGAGGGCUCUGCAACUGUCUGAACUGUGCUUCAUUUCGUCUCCAUGCUGACAGAGCAUUUGAGUUCUCCAGAAAUCAGAUGCAAGAUACUGAAGAGGUAGUUUUGGAGUUGAUCAAGGAAUUAUCAUACCUUCGGAAUAUUUUGGAGAAAUCUGAUGUUGAUGGCAAUGAUCAUGUUGUACACGUCAAUCAGUCAAAGGAAGCUUGCAUUAAAGCUUUGAAAGCAGAACAAUUGGCAAAAGGUCGGCUUAGCGAAAUGAACAGUGAUCUGACUAUACACUGCAGAAGCAUGUGUUUGCAGCGGCCAAAGGUCAGGUUUGCCGAUUCUACUGAAGAAAUAGUCAUUCCAAAAGUAGAUUUUCAAACCAGAUAGUCUCAAAGGAUUGAAAUCUGCUUCGAAAUGAGACUCACCACACAUGUAGCAGCACAUGUGAAUUAUGAAGCUGCAUUUCAAGCUAUUUAUAUCCUACUCAUGCUAUUUAUAUCCUACUCAUGAGAACAGGUGUAGCGGGAAAUAACAAGAUUUUAGACAGCUUUCCAAUGUUGUUGAAGGAUAUGAUAGUCCAAAACUAGGAGGGAAAAUAAUUUUUACAAUGCUGCCAUAUUUACCAAUUUUUAUAGAAUUGUUUAUUUGUGUG